CGGGGCCGGGAGCCGAGGGAGGGAGGCCCGCGGCAGCGCAGCGGCAGCACAGGCCAGCUUCCGCGGAGUUUGUGCCCCUGCUUCCCGGGCUCCGGUGGCUCACGCGCACAAAUGGGGCUAGGGGACUGAAAGGGUCAGCGUGGCGAAGGACGGCUAAUCUCGGAGAGAAAGUAGUCACCAGUCCAACUCAGGUCACCCCCACUAUGACUUCGGGGGAGUGGCCACAGCGGGUCCUAUCUGGAGGUGAGUGGCUGUCAUGAUCUCUACAGCACCGCUCUACAGCGGCGUGCACAACUGGACUAGUUCUGACCGGAUUCGCAUGUGUGGCAUCAACGAAGAGAGUUAUUCCCUGGAAUGAAGACAGUCUUGGGGUAGGGUGACACUUGAGCCAGGAAGAGUCUGCAGGGGCCAGGAGGUACAAUUUUGGAGUCCCAGUUUCAACAAGAAGGAGAGAGUUAGCAGGGCCGUGUACCUCCUUGUUGGCUAGGGUGGCUGAUGGGGCAGGAGCCAGCUUCUACUAUGGCUGUCUUCAGGAGCUCUGGAAGAGCACCUCUUUCUGAUGAGGAGUCCACGACAGGUGACUGCCAGCACUUUGGAUCUCAGGAGUUUUGUGUCAGCGGCAGUUUUUCCAAGGUGGAGCUCACGGCAGGUGGAAGUGGCAGCAAUGCCCGGGGGGCAGAUUCAGAUGGCACUGCAACAGAAAAACUUGGGCAGAAGUCAGAAGACAAGUCUGACGACCCACAGCCAAAAAUGGACUAUGCUGGGAAUGCGGCAGAGGCUGAGGGCCUCUUGGCACCACUGAGCAGCCCAGGAGACGGGCUCAAGCUUCCUGCUCCUGACAGUGCUGAGGCAAGCAACAACAGGGCUGACUGCUCCUGGACUCCCCUCAACACCCAAAUGAGCAAACAGGUUGACUGCUCAGCCGUCGGAGUAAAGGCUUUAGACUCUCGGCACAGUGUCGGGGAGAAGAAUACUUUCAUUUUGGCAACUCUGGGGACUGGAGUCCCUGUUGAAGGGACCCUGCCUCUUGUUACCACUAAUUUCAGUCCAUUGCCAGCCCCCAUUUGUCCCCCUGCUCCCGGUUCGGCCUCUGUCCCCCAAUCUGUUCCAGAUCCAUUCCAGGUUCCCCUUUCUGUCCCUGCCCCAGUGCCCCAUUCCGGGCUCGUUCCAGUCCAAGUUGCCACUUCGGUUCCAGCUCCUUCCCCUCCCUUGGCACCAGUCCCUGCUCUGGCUCCAGCACCACCAUCACUGCCCACGCUUAUCUCUGACUCGAACCCCCUUUCGGUUUCAGCCUCAGUCUUGGUGCCUGUGCCAGUUUCUGCUCCCCCCUCAGGCUCAGUUCCCCUGUCCACUCCAGCUCCCACACCCCUCUCAGUUCCAGUUUCAGCUCCUCCGUUGGCUCUGAUUCAGGCUCCUGUGCCCCCUUCAGCUCCAACCUUGGUUCUUGCUCCUGUACCCACUCCAGUUCUGGCUCCCCUGCCUGCAUCCACACCUCCAGCAGCUCCUGCCCCCCAAUCUGUGCCGAUGCCCACCCCAACCCCAUCUUCAGGCCCACCUUCUACCCCUACCCUCAUCCCUGCCUUUGCUCCCACGCCGGUGCCUGCACCCACCCCAGCCCCAAUCUUUACUCCAGCCCCCACACCCAUGCCUGCUGCCACACCAACUGCCAUUCCCACCUCUGCACCCAUCCCGGCCUCCUUCAGUUUGAGUCGAGUAUGUUUUCCUGCAGCUCAGGCACCAGCUAUGCAAAAAGUACCCCUGUCCUUUCAGCCAGGGACAGUGCUGACCCCGAGCCAGCCACUGGUAUAUAUCCCACCUCCGAGCUGUGGGCAGCCGCUCAGUGUGGCCACACUGCCAACCACACUGGGGGUUUCCUCUACUCUCACACUCCCAGUCCUGCCAUCUUACCUGCAGGACAGGUGUCUUCCGGGUGUGCUGGCUUCCCCAGAGCUCCGGUCUUACCCAUAUGCAUUUUCUGUGGCCCGGCCUCUGACUUCAGAUUCCAAGCUGGUCUCCCUGGAGGUGAACAGGCUCCCUUGCACUUCCCCAUCUGGCAGCACCACCACCCAGCCUGCACCUGAUGGGGUCCCUGGGCCUUUGGCAGAUACCUCUCUUGCCACUGCUUCUGCCAAGGUGCUUCCAGCUCCACAGCCUUUGCUGCCAGCCCCCAGUGGGAGCUCAGCCCCACUACACCCUGCCAAGAUGCCAGGUGGCACUGAGCAGCAAACAGAAGGGACUUCUGUUACCUUUUCUCCCCUCAAGUCACCUCCACAGCUGGAGCGAGAGAUGGCCUCUCCAUCUGAGUGUAGUGAGAUGCCCCUUGAUCUCUCCUCCAAGUCUAACCGCCAGAAGCUUCCAUUGCCGAACCAGCGCAAGACACCCCCCAUGCCUGUGUUGACGCCUGUGCACACCAGCAGCAAGGCCCUCCUCUCCACAGUCCUGUCUAGGUCUCAGCGCACAACACAGGCUGCUGGCAGCAAUGUCACCUCCUGCCUGGGCUCUGCUUCCUCGCCUUUUGUCAUCUUUCCCGAGAUUGUGAGGAAUGGGGACCCAAGCACCUGGGUGAAAAACUCAACUGCGCUGAUCAGCACCAUUCCUGGCACCUAUGUGGGAGUGGCCAACCCAGUGCCUGCAUCCCUGCUGCUGAACAAAGAUCUCAACUUGGGCCUCAACCGUGACCCCCGCCAUCUCCCCAAGCAGGAGCCUAUUUCCAUCAUUGAUCAAGGAGAGCCUAAGAACACUGGUGCCACGUGUGGCAAGAAGGGAAGCCAGGCUAGUGCUGAGGGACAGCCAAGCACAGUCAAACGAUACACCCCAGCCUGCAUUGCCCCUGGGCUGCCAGCGUGUCAAACCAAGGAGCUCUCUUUGUGGAAACCCACAGGGCCAGCAAAUAUUUAUCCACGGUGUUCAGUCAAUGGGAAACCCACCAGCACCCAGGUUCUGCCUGUUGGCUGGUCACCAUACCACCAUGCAUCUCUGCUUUCCAUUGGUAUUUCCAGUGCCGGGCAGUUGACCCCCACUCAGGGGGUGCCCGUCAGGCCCACCAGUGUCGUUUCUGAGCUUUCUGGUGUGCCAUCUCUUGGUUCUAGUGAAGCUGUGCAUGGACUUUCUGAGGGGCAGCCACGGGCUGGGGGCCCAUUUGCUCCAGAGCAGGACACUGUCACAAAGAACAAACCUUGCCGGAUUGCUGCCAAGCCUUAUGAAGAACAAGUCAACCCUGUCCUCUUGACCCUCAGCCCUCAGACAGGGACUCUUGCACUGUCUGUUCAGCCUAGCAGUGCGGACAUUCGAGUAAAUCAGGGGCCUGAGGAAUCAGAGAGCCACCUCCGUUCUGACAGCACUCCUAAAAUGGAAAGCCCCCAGGGGGCUUGUAGUAUAAAGCUAGCAGGAGAUACGAAGCCUAAGAACCAAGUGCUGGCUACCUAUAUGUCCCAUGAACUGGUCCUGGCCACCCCUCAGAACCUGCGCAAGAUGCCUGAGCUACCUUUGCUACCUCAUGACAGCCACCCCAAGGAACUCAUCGUGGAUGUGGUUCCGAGCAGCAAGAGGAGCUCUAGCACAGAGCUUUCACAGCUUGGAAGCCAGGUGGACCUGGGGCGGGUGAAAAUGGAGAAGGUGGAUAGUGACAUGGCCUUCAAUUUAGCCACCUGCUUCCGGGCUGAUGGCCUCCCAGCAGCUCCCCAGAGGAGCCAAGCUGAAGUUCGGGGUAAGGCUGGGCAGGCUCGAGUGAAACAGGAAAGUAUAGGGGUCUUUGCUUGCAAGAACAAGUGGCAGUCAGAUGAUAUGACCGAAUCUCUGCCAUCUAAGAAGAUGAAGUGCAAAGAGAAGGAUGGUGAAGAGCAGCAGCAGCAGCUGCCACAAACCAAGGCCGUGGUCCGGAGCUCCCACAGACCGAAGUGCCGAAAGUUGCCCAGUGAUCCCCAGGAACCCACCAAGAAAAGCCCCAAGGAGGCUUUGGAUUCAGGAAAAGAGCACAAUGGAGUCAGGGGAAAGCACAAGCUCCGGCAGCCAACAAAGCCGGAGUCCCAGUCUCCAGGCAAACGAGCUGAAGGCCAUGAGGAAGGUUCCUUGGAAAAGAAAGCAAAGAGCAGUUUCCGUGACUUCAUUCCCGUGGUUCUGAGCACCCGGACGCGUAGUCAGUCUGGAAGCAUCUGUAGCUCCUUUGCUGGUAUGGCAGACAGUGACAUGGGAAGCCAAGAAGUCUUUCCCACGGAAGAGGAAGAGGAAGUGUCCCCCACCCCGGCUAAGCGUCGCAAGGUGAGAAAGACCCAGCAGGACACCCAGUAUCGCAGCCAUCAUGCCCAGGACAAGACCCUGCUGAGCCACGGCCGCAGGCACUUAUGGCGAGCCCGAGAAAUGCCCUGGAGGACAGAGGCUGCCCGGCAAAUGUGGGACACCAAUGAGGAGGAGGAGGAAGAUGAGGAGGAUGGCCUGGUGAAGAGGAAGAAACGGAGAAGGCAGAAGAGCCGAAAAUAUGAGACUGGGGAGUACUUGACCGAGCAAGAAGAAGAGCAACGGCGAAAAGGGAGAGCAGAUUUAAAGUCCCAUAAGCAGAAGACUUCCUCCCAGAGUUCGGAGCACUGCCUCAGGAAUAGGAACCUUCUUUUGCCCAACAAAGCCCAGGGGAUCUCGGAUUCACCAAAUGGUUUCCUCCCAAAUAACCUGGAAGAGCCGGCCUGCCUUGAAAAUUCAGAAAAGCCAUCAGGAAAACGAAAGUGCAAGACCAAGCACAUGGCAAAUGUCUCAGAAGAAGGAAAGGGCAAAAGUCGUUGGAGCCAGCAGAAGACACGAUCUCCCAAAUCUCUCACCCCAACAAAACCUACAGACCCAUGUACACCCUCUAAGUCCCGAAGUGCCGGCCCAGAGGAGGCCUCAGAAUCACCUACAACUAGGCAGAUUCCCCCAGAGGCACGUCGGCUCAUAGUAAACAAAAAUGCUGGUGAGACCCUCUUGCAGAGGGCCGCACGUCUUGGAUAUAAGGACGUUGUUCUCUACUGCCUCCAGAAAGACAACGAGGAUGUGAAUCACCGGGACAAUGCGGGCUACACAGCACUGCAUGAGGCCUGCUCCCGUGGUUGGACUGACAUCCUGAACAUCCUGCUGGAGCAUGGGGCCAAUGUGAACUGCAGUGCUCAGGAUGGCACAAGGCCAGUUCAUGAUGCAGUGGUCAAUGACAACUUGGAGACCAUCUGGCUCCUGCUGUCCUAUGGGGCUGACCCCACACUGGCUACCUACUCAGGCCAGACAGCGAUGAAGCUGGCCAGUAGUGACACCAUGAAGCGCUUUCUCAGUGAUCACCUCUCGGAUCUUCAGGGCCGGGCAGAAGGUGAUCCUGGUGUAUCCUGGGAUUUUUACAGCAGUUCUGUGUUAGAGGAAAAAGACGGGUUUGCCUGUGACCUCCUGCAUAAUCCUCCUGGGAACUCUGAUCAAGAAGGAGAUGAUGUGGAAGAGGAUGAUUUCAUGUUCGAACUGUCAGACAAGCCUCUUCUCCCUUGCUACAACCUGCAAGUGUCAGUGUCCUGUGGGCCUUCCAACUGGUUCCUCUUUUCCGAUGUCCUGAAGAGGCUGAAGCUUUCCUCCAGGAUCUUUCAGGCCCGGUUCCCGCACUUUGAAAUUGUCACCUUGCCUAAGGCUGAGUUCUUCCGGCAGGUGGCCUCCAGUCAGCUGCUGACCCCUGCUGAGUGGCCUGGAGGCUUGGCGGAGGGAACUCCCCCAGGCUCCUCUGAGACUGUAGAGCUGGUGCGGUAUGAGCCAGACCUACUUCGGCUGCUAGGGUCGGAGGUGGAAUUCCAGUCUUGGAACAGUUGACCAGGAAAACAGCCCCUCCCUUUUCUUCUUUCUCCUCCUGAGUUCACCCUUCCCCCACCUCCCAUGUCUUCCCCACUGAGCACCAGACUGCAGAAUGAGGCAAUAAUAUGGACCAACAAGAAGCCGCCUUAUCAAUGCCAGCAUUAGUGACUGGACUUUUUUUGUUCUUUUGGUUACAAUUAGUUCUCAUCUCCCUGUCAUUGUCAUUGUUGUGGUUGGUGGUGGGGGUGGAAAGUUGAACUCCACAUCUGAAGACAACAGGUCCUGGGAGUGGUGGGGAGGUGGCACCAGGGUUCCUUGGACUGGCCUUUUUGUGUAUGACUGAGACCCAACCAGGGCCCUAGGUGGCUGCAGCCUGUCCAGUGGAGAAAUUAGAAAAGCCCAAAUUUCUGAAUACCCCCCUCUGUUCCCCUGUGUUCUUCUGUCUUCCAUAGUAUUUAUUUUAUUAGUAUUUAAUUUGUAUUGUUUCAUUGGUUUCUGAUAAGUCUGUAUCACUGUGACAAUUUGAGACAACUUGUUGUAUUGAGGGACUUUCUUUACCUCUUUUCUUUUUCUUUCUUGAUAAGCUCUGACAAAGUUAUUUCCAGGUGGUUUUUCCCCCCACUGGGGAGGGGGCAGGGUGGGAUGGGGACAUGGUUUUGUGAUUAAUGAAGCUGGCUGCUGCUGGCUUGGGGCUGGGGGUAAAUCCUGAGGCUUUGGUGCUCCCCCUCCCCUGCCAGUUUUCUCUCUCACCCUCGCCAGAGCAGCCCUACUACCUUGAGGUUAUGGGGAGGGGAGGAUUGUGGGGCAAGAGGUUAAUGAGUUAUUCUGAUAAAGGAUAAUAGAGAAGGGGUCUGAGGGUCUUCCCUCCUGGCACUUUUUCACUGCUCCCCUAAGAGGGCAUGAAAGGAGUUCUUGCAUCUUUCCCUUGCGCCUCCACUCCUGCCCCAUCCUAGCCUCCUCCUCUCAAGAUGCUGAGCCUCUAAUUCCCCAGCCUUCACUUCCCAUUUCUGCCCCUUCCCAGAUAGGCAGCACCCCUUUCUCUUCUCCCCCAUUCUCCUUUGGAAUUUCCAGAGGUCUCUGGGACUGACUGCCAGAUGUGAAAUCUAGGUGUCAGCUGUUUCCUAGGCAAGGGCAGGAAACUAAUCUCCAGCCUAGGCUCUACUCUUGCCUGGAAACCUGUGGCUGAGUGUAUGGCCCCACAAGCCCCCCCCAGCUGGGUUUGUUUAGGGAGAAAUAGAGGAGCUUGGGUUGCUUCCCUUACCCCACUCCCUCUGUGGCAUUGUCUUUCCUACCCUUGUUUUUAUUUUUCUACCAAUUGCUAUUUUUCCGAACAAUCCUUGUAGAGAGUUUGUACCAUCCAAAGGCAGGAGGGCCUUGUGGCCCGCUGUGGUUGGAGAUGGUACAGUUUUAUUGUACAGGUGCUAAAACAACAACAACAAAAAGAAGAAAAUGGAAAAAAAAAGAUUAAAAAAAAAAAAGGAAAAAAAAAAAAAGCCAGUUUGAGGAUGGGACAAUCUGUUCUCUGGAGGCUCCUGACCCAUGCAGGAGCAUUGGUGGUUAUUUUCUUUGUAUUGUGUUUGUUCUUUGUUCCUGGGGGGGGGAAAUUCUGGCCCCCCUUCUGUAGGACUGCUCCCCACUCCCACCAUACUGCCCAGUUGGUUUUGAACAGUUGUUCUCCCUUUUUAAGAAAAAAAAAAAAAAAUAUAUAUAUAUAUAUAUAUAAAGUUGAGGGGGUUUGGAUUUUAAUUUUUUGGUUUUGUUGGGGUUCCUGGUAUUGUGUGGUUUAUUUUAUGUUUUAUGUUUGCCUCUACUUUUUGCAUUUGGGUGUGUAUUCUGGCUGCCCUUUAUGUUUCAUUUUAAGCAAAUGGCUAUGGAGUCAAAAACACUUGCAUACUGAAAAACUUGUGUCGGGG